CUUUGGCUCAAGCUUGUAGUUUGCUCCGCCUUAGAUCAUCUAGUCGACUGCUUUCAGCAUGGCUCUCCCAAUGAAGUCCGCAAUGAAGGCCAUGAAGGCCAUGAAGGCGAUGAAAGCAACGACGAUGAAAGCUCGUGUCAUGAAGAAGAAGGCAGUGAGCAAAAUUGCUCGAGGCAAGCGUGCCAAGAUCGCCGUCUUCAAGGGCAAGAAGGAGAAAACUUCCUCUGGACACACACGCAAUGAUCUCAUGAUCAACAAGAGAGGAAAAGUCGUGAGCAAGAAGGCCAGUGCUGCGGCCAAGAACCGCUUCAAGAACAUCUCCGGCUGGAACAACGCAGUGAUGCAGGCCAGGAAGGAGUUGGGCAUCAAAGGUUUUUGUGCUGUGAACGGAAAGACGGCGCAGGGCAAGGCUCUCUAUGUGAAAGCCAAGGCACUUUAUGCCGCAUGAGCACUUGGCAGAUCCAGCUUUCGUGGUAGUUCACGGAGCACGGAAUCCUGUCUUUGUAUCUUUGCUGCUGACAGAUUCUGAUUGAGCUCAGCAUGUAUAGCCAAUGUAGCUGAGCUGGCACUCUGAUCAUCUACAGCAAUCUGGAAGUUGGACAACAAAAAAAGGGUCGUGGAGAAAUGUAUGUGCAUAGAUGGACGCGUCUACGCCCCAGCCUUCAUGUCGC